AUGCAUGUGAACAAGAGAAUCGGCCGCUUCAAGCAAUGGGCCGGAGAACGGAUGGGAGGAGAGGUGAAGACCAACCAGACUGAUGAUUUCAAGGCCAUGGAGACAGAAAUGAAUGUGCGACAUGAAGGACACUCUUCUGUCAAAAUCGCAGGUGUGGACCGCAUUUACAAGUCCAUGACCGCAUACGUCAAAGCCAUCUCGAAGCGCAGCGAGGGUGACGAUAAAGAGAAGACCCUCCCCGUCGCCCAUUUGGGAAGCGACAUGGUCAGCCAUGGAGAAGACUUUGACGGGAAUUCGGAAAUCGGGCAGUGCCUGAUACUGUUUGGGAGGACUGAAGAGCGCAUCGCGCGCAUCCAAGAGAGCUACAUCGCACAGGCAAACUCGAGCUGGCUUGAGAGCCUGGCUCGAUCAAUGACCCAGAUGAAAGAAUAUCAGCAAGCACGCAAGAAGCUCGACAGCCGCCGCUUGGCGUAUGAUACUUCGCUCUCCAAGAUGGAGAAAGCCAAGAAAGAAGACUUUCGAGUGGAAGAAGAGCUUCGCACUCAGAAGGUCAAAUACGAAGAGGCCAAUGAUGAUAUACUCCGCCGCAUGCAAGAAAUAAAAGAUGCGGAGGCGGAUAGUGUCAUGGACAUGGGAACUUUCUUAGACGCUCAGCUAGAGUAUCACGAGCGAUGUCGCGAAGCGCUCUUGCAGCUUCGAAAUGAAUGGCCUGGCGGGACCGACCAGGGGCCGGCGCCGACCCGUCGCGCGAGCCGCGCUCGCUCGAACACAGCGCAGUCGUACCAGGACCGCUAUGAGCCUCUCCAGGAGGAGAUCGCCAGCACCAUCGAGAGCCGACCCGCGAUCCGAUCCACCCGCACUGUCUCUAUGUACAUGACUGACCCUCCAGCCCAUUCCUACCCAGCCAGCAAUGGCGCCCCUCGACCGGGAAUCAACCGAACGCCCACUUUUGAAGGUCCGACUCAGCUUCGUCAGGAACCCGUUCCGAUCGCCGCUCAAUGGAUGCAGCGCGCCGCGAGCGAGAACCUAGCUAGCCGUCAAAACAGCACGCACUAUGCUAACAGCCGAGCGCCGAUUGAUCCGUAUGCUGAUUCCGAGGCUAGCUCGUAUGGUCGAUCCAGCCCAGAGCGCUCCUACGGUGGCCGCUCAAGCUCCCCGGCGACGUCCCAUGGCAGUGUGGCAUCACGUCGACCUAGCUGCACAACGUUGAACUCGACCGGAGGGAAGAAAGCCCCCCACCCCCACCUCCUUCUCGUGCAAAGAAGCCCGCUCCUCCCCCACCGCCCGCGAAGCGAAGCUUGA